ACAUCAGCUGAUGAUUGAUUAUUAUUUAUUUACGUUCUACGUGUUUCGUAGUAAAAACAAAAAGCUAAAUUAUCUGUAACAUGAAACGGGUCUGUAUUUAAUGAACGUUUGCAAUUCCCGUGUAUUCGCUAUGUUCGGACGAUUGAACGAAGUUCUACAAUCGGCAGUCGAUGUGCUGGCCCCACCUCCGUCACCCUUUGACGAUUUUGAAUACCACUGGAAGCAGGUUAAGAAUUUUUACGCAACAAAGAGGACCCAUGAAAUUCAUGUCAAUGAUACCAACGUUCCCGUUCACUUGGAGCAGAUGCUCGAUAUCAUCACAAAUGAACAGAAUGAAAAACUAGAAGAUGAGUGGGAAUGUCUAAAAUUUGUACUGACUCGUAGACCUUUAGACCUGUUAGUUGAAUUUGCUGUAACGGAAACACCACCAGGUGCAACUGGAUGCGUUCUAAAUUGGGUUCGUCGAUUCUUAAAACUUCCAAAUCCGCACCUAGCCGAUGACAGUGUAUGCCAACCAGUAAUUAAACUGAUUCAAGUGUGUAAUGGCCACAGAGCAUCACCAUACGAACACGAAGAGAUUUUAUUCCUGUCCACAGUGUCUGGUUUGGUUCGACAAAAUCCUUAUUUGAUCAAUUUAUUCAUACCGGCCCAUCGCUAUGACUAUCUUAAAAAUGUCAAUCGACGACCGAAUACGGUUCCAGUGAAAAAUCCAUUGUUCGACUACAGUAAAGUUGAAGCGAGCAUACGUCGCAUAUCGAUUGUUGUAGACAACGAUGCGGAUGCCCAAGUUGGUUCGUCAAGUGUGGAAGCAAUUGACCCGGAGCCGGAUUGUGAUAAAAAUAGUUCUGAGAAUGGUGAAGGUGUACCGAGCGAAACGUGUGAUUGCGAUGAUGAGGAUAGAUUUCAGCUGCUAGAUACAAUUACAACAUAUUUGCAAAGUGCAGACAGCAUAGUUGUGGUGCGGUCUUGUGAAGGUGCGAUGAUUCUUACAUCGCUUCCAUCGAUAAAUAAUGGAACGUGUUUGGCUAUCAAAUCGAGUCUGAAUGCUUUUAGUGUCAAAAUUUCCGAACGCCUGUCAUUCCUAUGCCGUCAAAUUCCUGAAGAUAUGGACACCGGUGAAAUCGAGGACAGUGUGGUUUCUUGGGGCCUGAAUCCUCGUGAUGGCAACGCGUCACAAUUCAUCGGGGUCAAACAACUGACUGAAUUCUUAUGUUGGCUCGAUUAUGCUAAUUGUUUGUCGAACGAAUGUGUUGAAUUGUCCACAUAUUUGUGUCCCAAUUUACGUGCACAUCUGUUCGAAGACGUUCUGGAACCGUCGCUCCUGGACAGCAAUGCGUUCUUUAUGUUGGUGCUGUCGUCGAAAAUAAUUCGACAAAUCGAUUCCAAGCAGUUUUCGGAUGAAUUGGCCAUUUGGUUGAUUGGCACGGAGGAAGACUGUAUGGGCGAUGGGUUAUUGACUAUUUUAAUCGAAAAUGCACAAGAAAAUUCAAAUAUUCUUCUACCCACAUUACAGUUCAUUGAGUCCUUGUUGGACAAUGCUAACGAACGCAUUUUGAAUGGAAUGAUUUUUCGCUAUUUGACCGGUCGCGGCUAUUACGAUCAAAGCAGUGAAAAUCAACCGAUACAAACGUGGUCAGAUGAGGAGGAGGAGCGAGGAAGACUAGACGGUGACGUGGAAGGACUUAAAAAAUCUAGAACGCUUGCUCCGAGCAAUAUUUUGAAAAUCAUUAAUUAUUUUCUGUUGCUAUUACCGAGGCAAAUAAUGAGCGAGGGCGUUGGCACCUGUUAUGAAGAAUAUGUUCAGGAUGCGAACAGACACUAUCAGAAUUGGAUACUAAAAACAGUUGAUUACAAUUGGCCGACAGAAGCAAAGUGUCCGAGUGCGAGUAAAGCGAAUUCUACAACCGAUCUAAACCCAUCAUACGGUCAACCGGGUCCAUCAUGCCAGAUCAACAACAAAAAAGAAUUGCACUGCAACGACAGUGGGAUAUCGGAAGGAAAUUUCUACGAAGGCCCAUUGCUGCGCUUAUUAUUUUCGCAUGUCCGUAACAUGUCUUCGUACGCAUACGAACUGAAUCUGGCUGUGGUCGCUAUUUUAUCCAAAUUGGCUUUUCUGCCGCAUCCCUACCUGCAUGAGAUUUUACUGAAUCCAGAAUUGCCGAUAGCCAAGGGAACAAAUACCUUAUGGUCCAGUAUGCAGUUCUUAGCGAGACAACUGUUGCUGGAGGUGCCGCGAGUAGAGGGAUUCCAGAGAAAAAUUGCCGAAACGGGAAAAAAUCUGUUAAUAAAUCCGCCAAUGAUGAGCGAAACCACAGGCGAUAACGAUCCGUUGUUUGAAGCACUGGUUGUGCUGGAAGAGUUUUGUAAAGAGCUGGCGGCUAUUGCCUUCGUCAAAUACCAUCACGGAACGGUCAAAUAAUUGUCUUCAAUAGUUUUACUUCAAUACUGCGUGGAGUCCGCGGGGUACUCUGGAAGAACGAUGCAUUUUAAGGGCCACUCGAUUUGUAAGUCACCUCUUCGGACAACGAUAAUGCAAUUUAAAUGUAAAUAAUAGAGUUAAGAUGACCGUGGUGACGUUAUGUGAA